CAGAAACAGGACUAAAGAUACCCUUUUACAAGCGACCUAAAACAGGUAAUUUAUUUACCAAUCAUGGAUGAAAACUUCACAACUAACUCCACUUCUGUGACCAACCGAAAGUUGAUAACAAUAUGUUUCGAAUCUGACCACCCUGCCAUCAAAGCUAGUCGAGUGUUGGCAUACGUGAUGAUCCUACUUGUCUCACUGACUGGAAACACAUUGGUUAUUGGCGUUUUGUGGCAAGACAGAAAGAUGAGGAAACCAGUAAAUUAUCUCAUAGCAAAUAUGGCCGCCGCAGACUUGGCUAUAACUGUGGUAUACAUGCCCCGAAUGAUAUCAUCGGUCAUUCGAAGCUAUGACUGGCUGGUCAGAGGGACACUGGGUCUUGCCUUAUGUAAGACAGUUCCCACACUCCACUUGGUAUCGAUUAAAGUGUCUAUUCUAACUCUGGUGUUUCUGAGUGUCGAGAGAUUUCUGGCUGUUUCCGUCGUCAUAGGAAACAAGCUUACAGUUCGCAGAGUGAAGAUCAUUUUUCUCUUGGUUUGGUUGACGUCUUUGGCAGCUCACGUGCCUAACAUGUAUGCCCUGAAACUCACCCCUGGUCAGAAAGGCGCUCUGAUAUGCCGCGCGUAUCUUAACAAGUUCUUUGGAAGCUCCAAUGGAAGACGAAUCUACGACAACACUUUGACGGCCAUAUUUUAUGCCAUUCCCUUGUUUGUAAUAAUCGUCCUCUACUCCAUGACUGCAAUCAAGUUAAGAAAAAGGAAAGUCCCUGGAGACUUUGCCAAGGAGGAUGGAGGCAAAACACGCAGAGAAAAAAUGAACGCCAAUGUGUUUAAAACGUUGUUCUCCGUGACGCUGGCAUUUUUUACCUGUUGGCUUGCUUAUUUCAUCAUGCGCAAAGGAGUUAUCGGUGUUAGCAUAUCAUGCAAUGUACAGUUCAUUCGAUAUUUCUUCGCACAUGCCAAUAGCGCCAUUACACCUUGCCUUUAUAUCAUAUUUAGCCAAAAGUACCGCAGAUGCUUCAAGAGCAUCUUGACGCGCCUGGCCUGCCGUGUUCGACGUAGAGCGCAAAGCGGUACGACGCUGUCCCUGAUAUCCCAGUCUGCAACCAGCCUUGGGUCGUUGAGUGUGUUUCCUCAGAGUGUCAGCCUUGUCAGUCUCAAACUCAAGAUGGAGGACAGAAUGACACCCCGCGAAUGAAUCUCAGUGUUUCAAUAAUCACACACCUGUUUACUUCAAUACUAGCAAGAUUCAUGAACAACAGAAGAGAUCGGUCAAUGGUUAGUUAUACAGUUGGCUUUACCACUGGCAAGGGUGGUCUUGUCUUCUCGUUGUUUUUAGAGUGUGUAGCAAAGCGUUCCCGUACUUAAAACUUUUUCUGCAUUCUCAGAGCCGCGCACAAUAUGGAGCGAUAGCAAAAACUAAAAAUAAAAAAUCGACGAAGUAUGAUGUCGCUCCAAUUUGCGCGGGGCCAGAAUGCGGAAAAAGCUCUAUGUACGGGAACGCUUGUUUCGCAGACUAGCUGUUCUUAUACUUAUGAGGCUCGCACAUAUUUAGGAGAACCGGUGCAAAGGCUCUUUCACAAACUACAUGUAAUAAGUAUUUUUGCCAUAUGCAAAUUACAUGUAAUAUUGACAUGUGGGGAAACAUCACGGUUAAAAAUAGUGAUAGAUUAUUAAUGAACCAAGCCAUCAGUUAAUGGAUAGGAGAAAGAGACGGAGAAAUACAACGAUGAACGUGCAAAUGGUUGCAACUCUUCAUAGAGUCUUCAUAACUCUUUCGAACGAUUUUGAAAAUAUUCGCCCGAGGGCUCCUUGAAUUCUCUUCCACUCGGUCCAAUUGCCAUUUCUCUUCAAAAAGCCACUAACAAUGAGAAAGUUGUUGUAACUUCUAACUGACGGCUGGCCGGCUAACUACGCCGUCUAUAAAACGAGGAGACUGGAACAUUCCGGUAACGAACAUAACACACGAUGAAACUUUAUAUAACGAAAAGAUGUAGAAAUGCGAAAUUUUGCGGCACUUAGCAGAAAAUGAAAGCCAACCGCGAGAAAACAGCAGUGGAACUAAUCGCAAACAAACUAAAUUUCUUCUUGGCCGCUAAAAUGUUUAAAGGAAAACUGUGUGUAAACAGAUCUGAAAAACCUACACAUGGUAAAAAUUACUCGACCAGUUUAAAUUUUAAUUUUACUUUUCGUGCUCUUCUUUAUUAUUCCGGAAUGUUCCGUGCUCCUGAUUCCUGAUUUUCUCAAUGCCCAAUGAUGCGGCAGCCAUUUCAUUCUGUUCUUUCAAAUAGCUAUUAUGGGAUGCUCAGGGGGUAAAUUGGUAUGUAUUUGCCCCCCUAAGCAUUCCUGUUUGAAACAAUAGAAUUCAAAUGAAAAUGGCCGCUGUAUCACCGAAAAGGUCCAUUCACUGUAAUCAACAGUAGCUGAAUGCAGCAAAGAAGCCAUGUGUAGACAGUUGCCAAACGCUGGUACAAGUAGCAUGGAUACGAUCAAACUCGAUAAAAUGACAAUAGCAAGAGCAGACAGAGAGACAGCCAGCCAGACAGACAGACAGACAAACAGACAGCAAGACAGACAGGCUGAAGACAGACAGACAACUGGGCAGAUGGGUAGAAGGGUUACCCAACGAACGAAUUGGUAUUGAAUAAUAGAACCUUUACAAGAGAGUCAGUAAAUGACUGUAAGACGGGCGGGCAGGAGCACAAACAUAUGUAAGGUAUUGGAAGGGACUGAGGCAGACCAUGGCAGGCCUAAUUUGACAACUAUUUAACAGACCAGCAAUUGGCAGUACCUAAAAAAAGGAAAGAGCCGGGUUUUCUAUGUAAUUGCUACCUCUAUUCAACGACUGUCACGUGAUAUGCAAUAACAGAACGUGACGUGCAAUAUUUGACUUAAAAUGAAAGGACAAAAUGCCUCAACGUUACAGUAUGACGACAAAGCUCUGCUGGAUGGCUGACAAGACGUGCCUGUUUUGAACAAAGCAUUUUUUUUCCAUAAAGCAGUUUAUUUAUACUUGUUGAUAUCUCUAGAAAUUAAAAUACAAAUACAGUAUAGUCAGUACAAUAUCUUACGAUAUUGGGCGAUUGUCAAUGAUGGUAUUGUUUACAUUUGCCUUAUUGGCAUACGACUUUCCUCAGAGAAGGCUUCGUAUCAGAUGCACGUUGAUUCUAAACAUUCCAAGAGACUGCAAAACUUAGUAAAUAUUGGUAACGUUUUUAGCUCUUGGGUAUAAUGUACACACACUGUAGAAGGGGAUGUUGGCUUUCAAAAACUGCAAAAUUUCUUAAUGGUAAAAGCGCCAAUAAGCCCAUAUUGUACAUCCUUUGUGAAGGUUUGAGUUUUUGAACCUGCGUCGCACAAAAAGUAUUUAAGAAACACUAGGCAAAGUAAGCUUGGACAGUUACUCAUACCACUGGCUUUUCAAUUGUUGUAGCUCAUAUUUUUGCUUCUCAAUCAGACCCUGAAGUGCUUAUGCCAAUAAGGCAAAUACCGUAAACAAUGAUUCUCCUACUGUUAAGUAAAUAUCCUUGCACCAAAUUUGUUUAUUUUAAAUUAAGUUAAAUAAUUUAGUCUUAGAAUAACCAGUGAUGCAAGUUAUCUUUCCGUUUGAUCCAAAUGUUGUAUGAUAUAAAUUAUAAUUUGAAUUACAAAAUGUACUAUCUUUUAAAUUCUAUAUAAGAACAUUUAAUGGAUCUUACUAGUAAUAGAUAUUAUUUUACCACUAACUCCACAAGUUGGCAGGAUCAAUCAAAUCAUGUGCCAUAAUUGGCUACCUGAACAGGCAAGAUACAUGUACCCUCAUUUUGCCCAUUCAAGAUUCUCCAUUGUCCCAAGAAAGUGGUGUCCUGCACACAUGUACACGUACAUGUACCAUAU